AUGUCUACUCAAUUGGAUGCUCCAAGCAUCAAGAUCGCCAUCGAUCGUGGCGGUACUUUCACCGACUGUCUAGGUAUUGUUGAUGGUCACGAUGAGGAAAUCGUCGUCAAACUGCUUUCGCAAGAUCCAACCAACUACGCCGAUGCUCCAAUUGAGGGCAUUCGGCGUAUUCUGGAGAAAGCAACAGGCAAGACCUUUCCUCGCGAUCAGAGGCUCACAACUGCCGAUUUCUCCAAUGUUAGCAUCCGCAUGGGUACAACAGUCGCUACCAACGCCUUACUAGAGCGUAAGGGAGAACGUCAUGCGCUCUUAAUCACGAAAGGCUUCAAAGAUGCCUUACGUAUUGGAACCCAGUCGCGACCAAAGCUGUUUGCGCUCAAUAUCCAACGUCCUGAUGUCUUGUAUGAGGACGUUGUGGAGGUUGAUGAGCGUGUCACAAUUGAGGAUUAUCAACAGAAUCCCACUCCAGAUAAAGAGAGUCUGCAAAAGUCUUUGCAGUCAGAUGCGUGUUUGAAAAUGGGCGUUAGUGGAGAGGUUAUUCGCGUCUUAGAACCUCUUGACGAGAAAAGCACAAGACAAAGCCUUCAGCAGCUGUACGAGAAGGGCUAUCGCUCUAUUGCGGUCUGCUUGGUUCAUUCAUACACAUUCCAAGACCAUGAACUUGCAAUUGAGAAGAUUGCAACGGAAAUCGGUUUCACCCAGAUAUCGCUAUCCAGCCAACUGCUACCCAUGAUUAAGAUGACUUCUCGUGGUGCUUCGGCGACUGCAGAUGCAUACUUAACUCCAGUCAUUCAGCGUUAUAUUCAAGGCUUCCGCUCUGGAUUCAAGGACGGACUCAGCUCUGCCGACACGCGCUGCGAGUUCAUGCAGAGUGAUGGAGGUUUGGCUAAUUUUGAAAAAUUCACUGGUCUUCGUGCGAUCUUGUCUGGGCCGGCAGGCGGCGUUGUGGGCUAUGCGGGAACUUCUUUCGAUGAGACAGAUAAAAAGCCUGUCAUUGGAUUCGACAUGGGUGGUACUAGCACAGACGUCUCGAGAUAUGACGGAAAGUUGGAACACACCUUCGAGAACACUAUCUCCGGCGUGACAAUAAUGGCACCCCAAUUAGACAUCAACACAGUAGCCGCGGGUGGCGGCAGCAUCCUCUUCUGGCGACAUGGAUUGUUUGCCGUUGGUCCCGAGUCUGCAAGUGCCCAUCCAGGACCAGCGUGUUACCGCAAGGGAGGCCCUUUGACUGUGACCGAUGCCAACCUUUUCCUUGGCCGCCUUCUUCCGGCAUACUUCCCUAAGAUCUUUGGCCCGAACGAGAACGAAGCUCUCGAUGUCGAAAUCACCCGGAAGAAGUUCACGGAGCUCGCUGGCAAGAUCAAUGCUGAGACCGGACAAAACAAGUCUCCAGAAGAGAUUGCGCUGGGUUACAUUCAAGUAGCCAACGAGUCUAUGGCAAAGCCUAUUCGAGCCCUCACAGAGGCUCGUGGGUACGAUACUUCCGCGCAUAAUCUGGCCUGCUUUGGUGGUGCCGGAGGACAGCAUGCUUGUGCCAUUGCCUCUUCGUUGUCUAUUGGGACUGUCAUCAUCCAUCGAUUCUCGUCUAUCCUAUCCGCCUAUGGCAUGGCUCUUGCGGACGUUGUCCAUGAGGCCCAAGAGCCAGCAUCAGGAGUGCUGGACCAGACAGCCAUGAGAAGCAUCACCGAGCGUAUUUCUGCGCUGAAGUCUAAGGUCACUAUCGCAUUCACCACGGACGGCAUUAAGGAGACCCAGAUCCAGCAUGAAGUCUACCUCAAUCUGCGGUACCAGGGUACCGACAACCUGCUGAUGGUGCUCGAACCUAGUCACGGAGACUUUAUUGCUGAGUUUGUCAAAGAGCACAACCGCGAGUUUUCCUUCACAUUUCCCGGCCGCAAUAUUCUUGUUGAAGACAUCAGAGUCCGUGGCGUUGGAAAGGCAACCUCUAUUGCGCCAGAGGCACCUCAACAAGAACUCAAAUCAGUCAAGAAAAAGCCGGUGGGCCCAGAGAAGCAGGAUGAUUCAUCGUCUGUGUACUUUGCCGGCGUCGGUGAAGUUACUACGCCGGUCUUCUUCCUAGAUAACAUGGAACCAGGAUAUGUCCUUGAGGGUCCUGCGAUGAUCAUUGACAAAACUCAAACUAUUGUUGUUGAGCCAAAGGCGACUGCUACGAUUCUGUCUCGACAUGUGAUUUUGGAUGUUCAGUCUUCGAAGAAGCAGGCUGCCGAUGCAACAGUCGUUGAUCCUAUCAGAUUGUCCAUUUUUGGUCAUCGCUUCAUGUCUGUUGCUGAUCAGAUGAGUCGAAUGUUCCAAAAGACCUCCGUGUCAACAAACAUCAAAGAGCGACUAGACUUCUCCUGUGCCGUGUUCUCUCCUGAUGGGAAAUUGGUUGCAAAUGCGCCAAACGUGCCAGUGCAUCUAGGAAGUAUGGAGUAUGCUGUCCGGUAUCAGCAUGAGAAAUUCGGAGGCAAUUUGAAGCCUGGCGAUCACAUUCUCACCAACCAUCCUCUUGCCGGUGGAACACAUCUUCCCGACAUUACUAUUGUCACUCCAGUCUGGGAUGGUGAGGGCAAAAACAUUGUCUUCUAUGUUGCCUCCCGUGGCCACCAUGCUGAAAUCGGUGGGAUCGCCCCGGGAUCUAUGCCUUCAAACAGCAAAAUGCUGUACGAAGAGGGUGCCAUGACAAUGGGCUUUAAGGUAGUAUCAGAAGGCCGUUUUGACGAGGAGAUAGUCCGAAAGUUCCUAUAUGAUGAGCCCGCUUCGUACCCCAGCUGCAGUGGUACCCGCACAUAUAACGACAACGUCUCAGAUUUGAAGGCGGCCAUUGCAGCAAACCACAAGGGUGCACAGCUCCUGGAAGCUCUGGUGAUCGAGAACACAUUGGAAGUAGUCCACUUCUACAUGGACGCAAUCAAGCGCAACGCAGAGGUCGCCGUCCGUGAACUGCUCAAGUCCAUUGGCCGCAAGAAUAAGGGAGUUCCUCUUCGAUUCUCUGACUUCAUGGACGACGGCACCGAGAUCAAGCUUGAAAUUCGCAUCGAUUCUGAGACAGGCUCUGCCGACUUCGACUUUACAGGCACGGGCCGGGAAACGUUCAACUGCCUCAAUGCCCCCAAAGCCAUCGCCCACUCAGCCAUCAUCUACAGUCUGCGGGCGCUGAUUGAUGUUGACAUUCCGCUCAACCAGGGCUGUCUUGCCCCGGUCAAUGUGAUAAUUCCCUCUGGCACACUUCUCAAUCCAUCUGGACAUGCCGCCGUCUGCGCCGGUAAUCCCAUUACCUCACAGCGUAUUACAGACGUCGUCCUAGGUGCUUUCAACGCCUGUGCUGCCUCCCAGGGCUGCUGCAACAUCAUCUCAUUUGGUAUGGGUGGCGUUGAUCCUAAGACCGGCAUUGAAGUUCCUGGAUUUGGAGUCGGCGAGACAAUCUGCGGCGGCUCAGGUGCUGGCCCAUCUUGGAAUGGCACCUCGGGCGUGCAUGUGCACAUGACAAAUACACGCAUCACAGAUGCAGAGGUCUACGAGCUGCGGUACCCGGUCAUACUCCGCAGGUUUUGUAUUCGAGAUGGCUCUGGUGGCGUUGGUCGCUUCCGCGGUGGGGAUGGUGUUAUCCGUGAGCUGGAGUUCCGCUUGAAUCUUUACCUGAAGAAGGAGCUCGAUGGAACGGAGAGAAUGAUCAAUAUUGGUGGCAAAAUGGAGCUCGUGGUCCAGCCUGGGGAGCGGAUUCUGAUCCAUACACCUGGAGGUGGUGGCUGGGGUAAGGCAUCUGACGAUGAACUAGCGACGAGCGGCAGCAAGACUCAUCAGAAUUCGUCGGCUUUCCAGCCCCGAGGAAGUGUGCAUGCGUUCAGUGUUGCUGCCGAGGCGGCAAUGUGA